UGACCAGUAGUGAUGACAAAUCCAGCUGCCCGGAAUCAGAAGCUAGCAAAACACCAGCAGACAGUUCUUCAGAGUGUAGUAAUGUCAACAACAAAGUAACUACAGAGGACCAGCCACAGAGUUCCGAAGCUGCGCCGCCGCCAGACUCACACGAAGACAAGUCAGAUACUCAGAGUGAAGCACUACCGAGUGGGGAAGCCGUUAGUUUUAAACUCGUGUACAACAAGACUAAGUAUGAUGUAGAAUUCCCUCUAGAUGGCACUAUCAAACAGCUUAAGGAACAUCUAAGUUCAAUAAUCAAUGUAUUACCAGCAAUGCAGAAAGUAAUGAUUAAAGGUCUAGCGAAGGAUGAGAAGACCUUACGAGAGCUAGGUGUGACUCGAGGUUCCAAGGUUAUGAUUGUGGGGUCCAAGUUAGAUGACGUCGUCAAUGUCAACACUCCAAAGGCUGAGAGUACGUCUUCUGAGAAGCCAAGCACCUCGACCUCCACAAAAGAACCUCUCAGCAGACAAAAGAUCCAUCGCAAAAUUCUGGAUAAGGGGCUUCCAGAUGAUGUUAUGCCGGGCAUAAAGAACAACAAGGAAUUAUUGCCUUCAUAUCCACUAUCUGGUAUGCUGAACAAGCAUGGAGGAAAAGUACGACUAACAUUCAAAUUAGAAUUGGACCAAUUAUGGAUUGGCACUAAGGAACGAACAGAGAAGAUCAACAUGAAUCACAUUCGUCAAAUUGUCUCUGAAGCUAUAGAAGGCCAUGAGCAAUAUCACAUUAUGGGUUUACAAUUAGGACCUACAGAAGCCUCACGAUACUGGAUCUACUGGGUUCCUGCGCAGUAUGUGGAUGCCAUCAAAGAUACUGUUCUUG